AUGACGUCACAACAAGAUUCGCAAGCUAAUACACCAAUUACAUCAACACAUCAUUUAAAUUCAACGACAUCAACAUUUUUUCCAUCUGCUGGCGCAACGACUAUCGCAACAACGUCAACUGCAACAACUGGAGCGUCAGCAUCGUUACCAUCGCCAUCAUCGCCACCUUCGUCAAAAAUUAUUUUUAGCCUCCACCAUCUUCAUCCGUCAACAACAUUGGCAACAUCGUCGUCACUCACAACAAAUCUUCCAGCAUUCGCAACAACGCCUAGAAGAAACAACUUCGUGAACAUUGCCCUCCAAGACGAGAAUAGUUUCAACAAUGUUGAGAAAAGCAUCAAACUCACCGUCAACAUUCCAGAAAACGCCAGACAACUUUCUAUUGAAAUGCCAAUUACGACAUUAUUUGAAGAAGAUGACGACGACAACGACGACGACGAUGAUGACGAAAAUACCACCCCAAUAUUUAUGAAAGAUGAGGUUCCUACUCUUUCCGGUAUUAACACUCACCCAAAAUAUAACCGUCAACAAUACAAACAACAACAGCAACAUAUUUUACAACUUCAACAACAACAACAUUUAAAUCGAAAUAUAUACAACCAGCCAAACCAACAGCAACAAUUAUUAGAACAGGCAAGCAAAGAAAUCAAACAAAGCCUCAAACAAAUUUUACUAUCGAAAUUACUCGAAAGACUCGCCACUCGAACUUUAUACCGAAACUAUCGGUACAUGAUGGCGAUGGGCCAGCAAGAUUCGAGUAUUACAAACGCAUUAGAACACCCUGCGGAUAGCUACAUUACCGAAACACGCGUCUCUAGUGACGUACUCCAUGCCACUACUACAACAGCCACUACCACAACGACUAUUUGUGAUUCUGCUACGACUACCACAGCUGUAUCAAUGGUAUCAAAUUGGACCCAAUCUGAGCAAACGAAUGCAAGCGGAGGUGAUGAUCGGGAUACAAAGAAUCAACAUCUCCACCAAGACAAACACGUCAAUACGCACCAGGACUUGCAAACAGCUGAUUGUCAAUUUCAGUUAACAACAGCACAGCAACAGCCACAGCAACAACUACAACACGUUCAGCCGUUUCAAGUCGUAACAACAGAUCACAUCCAACAACAAAUUACACAUCAGCAACUAGAUCCAUUACAGCAAAUCUUACAACUGCAACAACAGAACUCGAUACAACAUCAUGUACCACGACAAAAUUUAAAAGAAAAACACGUACAAAUACCAGGGCAGCAGUUUUUACAACAAUCAUAUUCAUUUCAAACGCAACUUGAACCUAAUAUUGAUUCAUCAAAUCAGCAAUUACAACAAACACUUCCACAAAACUUGCAGCAGAUGUUAGAAUUUUUACAGCAGCAGCAGCAACAACAAAUGAAUGACCCAGAACAUUCACGACAACAAUCAAGUUCUUCACAACAACUGCAACAACAACCCUACUCCCAACAACUUUUACAAACGCAAAAACGGCACGAACAACAACACGAACAGCAAAAAACUGAUCAUCAACACAGGCAGCGGAAGCAUUCAACGUCAUCAUCUUCUUGCCAAACAGACGACCUCGACAUAACGCAGCUGCUGAAACAGAAAAUCAUCGAAGACUUCAUCUCUUAUCAAAACCAGCGCGCUCCUAACACACUCAUCAACCUCAGCCAAAUUCACAGUCCCAUCUUUUUCUCUCCUCCCUGCUUUAAAGACAACAGCACCUACACGGAUAGCGACUCACGAAAUUACCGGCGGCCCGAUAUCAAUUGCUCUCCUAGUUCCGAAAAAACAAUGGACGAACCUGGGACGCAUCCAGACGACUUUCCGACUGAGACUGAUUCUGUAGCAUCUUCAAGGUUAUCCGGCCCAUCAUCAUCUUUUUCGUCAUCUGCAAACUAUCAGCACAGACGCAAUCCUUCCAGCAUUAGAAUAAACGACGAUUCUAACAUGCCUUACGAUGAUCCUGAUAUGAGGUUAGAUGAAAACACGAAGAUGAAGAUGAUGAUGGGUGAUGAUGUGGCCACAGAUGAAGUAGUUGAUGGUACCACAACAAAUGCUGGCUACAACAAAAAUAGUUCACGACCUUCAAAAGUUUCACCUCCCGAGUUAGAACUGAGAGAAAAAUUUGUUGAUCAAUCUGAACAUCAUCUAGAGCAGCUUCAAUUAAGGCAGAAACAACAAAAUGAACAUGAAAACCAGAACUCAAAAAAUCAGUCAACUCAACCGUUGAUUCAAGAGCUGACAGCAACAACAACAUCACAGCAAUCCGCACCAGUUAAAAUUGAAAAACAAACACAGCUGCACUUGCAACCACAACAACAACAAUCGCAACAGCAUCAACUUUUCCAGCCACAACAUCAACAAAACAACGGUAACUUGAAACGACCCACAACGUUAAACAUCGAAGAAACCACCAAAAAACUACAAAAUGAUAAAUUUUCAGGUUUGUUUCAAAAAUUCAACGCUGGCUCACAACAACAAAAAACUAACCAGCAUUCAAGUCUGCCUGCGCAAAAACAACAACAACCGACAACUAAACCAACAACGACAUCAACAUCAGCACAUGCAACUACAUCCACCACAACGUUUUCAAAGUCAGCAGCUGCAAUUACGAUAAAAACUACGGUGACAACUGCUUCAACAAAAUCUACAACACUUGUGACAACGACACUCGCAACGAAAUUGACAACUACAGCAACUUUAACGACGUCAGCAAAAUUAUCAACAACUACCACUGCAGCAGCAAAAAUAACAACAUCAACAUCGACUAAGUUAACAACGACGUCAACAACAACAAAACCAGCAACCACGCCCCAAAUUAUUACAACCACAGCAGCUACAAAACCUUCAUUGAUCCUUCCGAAAACGCCAAUAUCAACAACCGUCUCCUGUAAUCCAUCUUCAACUCAACCAACAACAAAUCCGUCAACAUUACGAGCCCCAUUUUUAGGGCUUGGAAUGAACAGCACAAAAACUUCUACAACCACAACAACGCCGUCAACCACAAAACCUUUCAACGUACCCACAACUACUGAUAACAAAUUUACAAUCAAAAAACCAGAACCGGCUAGCGUUACAAAAUCGAUACCGACAUUACACUCAGUUACCGAAUCGAAGUCGGCUAAUGUAACAUCGGCACCGAGAGCACCGAGUACUAGAUUAGGGGACCAUUUUAGCGCCAUUAGAUCAAAAUUCUCUGGCAACUCGUCUGCUAAAUAG